AUGCCCAGGCGCCGGUUUGCGCUUUGGGCGGCUUCAGCAGCUGCCGUACAUACAGCCGCCUCAGCGGUACCAACAAACGAGCUGUUUACGCGACAAUCAUCUUGCGCGCCAAGCUUCAGCCGAUGCGACAAUCCCAACUUCCCAAACUAUUUCUGCUGUCCUUCCGGGCAGAGAUGCAUCACCCUCGCUGGGAACACGACACUACUGUGCUGCCCAGAGGGCUCCGACUGUCGGAGGAUCAAGCCAGUACCCUGCGACAUCACACUGCAAGAUGGCGAGAAGAACCCCGACGCUGUCGUUAAGACUACCGCUCUCGGGGGUACUUUGGAGCGCUGCGGCACUCAAUGCUGCCCGUUUGGGUACUCGUGCAGAGACGGCCAGUGCGCCAUGGACCAAGACCAGAAACCAGCCCCGAUACAGACGAACACGGCAAAACCAAGCGCUACGUCCACGAGUAGUGCCAGGACAAGCGCCACUUCAAGCGCCGAGUCCACUCAGACAGCAAACCCUACCAGGUCAGCUGACGACACGAGCACAACAAGCAGUUACCCCGAUGAAGUGAGCAGCUCGGACAGCGGGCCCCCCGUUGCCGCCAUUGCCGGCGGCGUCACUGCCGGCCUGGUCGUUCUCAGUGGCGCUGCCUUAUUAGCCUUUAUCUUCCUGAGGAGGAAGAAGAAGAGGGAAAGCCAAUCGAGGACCCCUCCCAAGCUGUCCCGCUCGACAUCGUCGUUUGGCAACUUCAUCAGCGCUCCCAUCAUGCAGGAGAAUGCCUUCCGCAGUGACUUUAGCAGAGCGUCACCCCCCCGCGAGGCCGUCGAAGAACCCGCCUCGGUCACGGCAGCUCUGAUCGACUCAUCAGCGAACUCGCCAGAAACCGGAGCAACGCUGGCCGUCCCGCCGGCUGCGGCGCGGGCCUCGCAGCGCCUGAGCGGCGUUGCACUCGUGGGCUACGGCGAGAUCCAACCGUCGCAUUACGCACAGCAAUACGAGAAUUCACCCUUUGUCGACAUGCCCUAUGUCGACCACGACAGCGGGUCCGUGCCGCAAACGCCCCCGCAGCACCGCGAGCCCAGUUCGGUCAGCAUCAACGUGUUUGCCGACCCAAACAUCACUCCGGACAGGACGCCCGAGAGCAACGUCGACCGCCGGUACACCAACAUGACCACCUUCACGCAAAUGCUGGAUAAGGCUGACCUCGGCGGUAUGGCGCGGGGCGAGUCUUAUCUGGCCUACGAUCCCAAUAAUGGACAGGCUUCGCAGACGCCGAGGAGGUGA